AUGUUGACUCUCGACAAGGCUCUCGCUUUCGCGCUGGCAGCUGGCCUAGUGCCGGUCACCGCAUUGAAUAUCGACACCAUUACCUCCAAAUACUUUGGCAACGACGCCCCCUGGUAUCGAGACCGCAUCCCUCUCUUCGAGACCGACCAAACCGUGCUGCAGGAUGUCUACUAUUACCGCUGGGGUGUCUUCCGGGCUCAUCAGCGCGACCUCGGCUCGGAAGGCUACCUAACGACCGAGUUCAUCAACGACGUAGGCUGGCAGAAAUCCCCCUGGGCCCUGCUGAUCGAUGCUUCCAACUUCCACCUGCGUGAGGGACGUUGGUCUCGGGACCGUCGCUUCACCAGCGACUACGGCAAUUUCCUGUUCGGCCCCAAUGGAAUCAAGAACCAGUUCUCUGAGUCUCUUGCCGAUGGAGUUUGGCAGGUGUAUCUGGUGGACGGCGUCGCCGAGGACGCUACUUCCCACCUCUCUGCGAUGCAGUCCUUCUACCAGAGCUGGAACUCGACUACUCUCGGGGUCGGCGGCUACGACUCAUCCAAAGGCUUGUACUGGAUCCAACCGUUGACCGAUGCCACGGAGUACACCAUCUCCAGCAUUGACGCGACGAACGGCAAAGAUGGUUUCACGGGAGGAUACUCCUUCCGUCCCAGCAUCAACAGCUACCAGUAUGCGAAUGCCCGCGCUAUCGCCCAGCUGGCACAGCUGACGGGCGACACCGCUGUGGCGAACCAGUACAACGCCUACGCCGACACCCUGCAGCGCCUCGUCCAGGCCGACCUCUGGAACAGCACCUACUCCCACUUCAUCGAUCGUUACGAGGUAAACAACGAGUACGUCAAGUACUGGGACUUCAUCCGCGGCAGGGAACUGGUCGGGUACGUGCCUUGGACGCAUGAUCUCCCGGACGAUAACGCCACCUACGCAGCAGCCUGGAGACACGUCCUCGACUCGGACAAGCUAGCAGGCACGCAUGGACUGCGCACCAACGAGCCGAGCUACGAGUACUACAUGAGGCAGUAUCGCUACGAGGGCACCAAGCCGGAGUGCCAGUGGAACGGACCGGCCUGGCCGUAUCAGACGACGCAGGUGCUCACGGCGCUGGCCAACCUCCUAGACCACUACCCCAAAUCAGCGGACACGGGGAUCGUAAACCAAGCGGACUACACGCAGAUCCUGUUGCAAUACGCCCGGCUACACUACAACCCCGCGCGAGGGGGCAUUCUCGACCUGGAGGAAGACUAUUACCCGGACACCGGCAGUCCAAUCGUGGGACUGGCUCGGUCGCCGCACUACUUCCACUCCGGGUUCGUCGAUGUCAUCCUGUCGGGCUUCGUGGGGCUGCGUCCGCAUGCCGACGACGUCUUGGAGGUCAACCCGCAGGCCGACAGUGGCUCAGUCUCGUACUUCCGGGCCGAGCGGAUCCUGUAUCACGGCCAUGAGGUCGCCGUGCAAUGGGACGCCACGGGUGCACAUUACGGCAAGGCAGGUCUACACGUCGAGGUGGACGGGAAGACGGUCGCCAGCGCGUCCACGCUGAAGCGACUGACGGCCAAGAUCACGCGGGCGUCGCCACCCACCGUGAAGCGCCCGAUCGCCGUCUCGGUUCAGCUGGCAGCCAGCUCGGAGUACCCGGCGGGCAGUGUGUCGGUUGCGCAGGCAGAUGCAGACGAAGUUCACGCGGCCAUCGACGGACGUGUCUGGUUCUACCCGGAAUCCGAUGUGGCCAACGGCUGGGACAGUCCCGCCGGCAACGGAACCGAGAUCUGGUAUCAGAUUGACUUUGGAAGCGCCACCCAGACGGGCCGGGCGGAGAUCGCCUUCUUCGCGAAUGCGACACAGGGUUACGCCGUGCCUAAGUCGUACCGGAUCGAGCGGCUCAAUGGAGAUUCGUGGACCAAGGUGUCGAAAGCGAAGUACGACACGCCGCUCGCAAAUGGCAUCACGGAUGUGUCGUGGCAGUCGGUGCAGACAAGCCGGCUUCGGUUGGUGUUCACACCUGCGACUGGGGAGAAGGUGAGGUUGGUGGAGUGGAAGGUCUUCAGCAGCUGAUGGUGUUGUUGCGAAUGCUGAGAAAUGAGAGAACUAUAAGU